AUGUAUUUCCGUUCGCAGACGCCGCAUGACUACUAUGAACUGCGGACAUGGGUGUAUGGAGGAGCCCUUUUUGACCGAAUAGUUGAAGAUGGUCACCUUGACGAGCCAAUUACUGUCAAUAUAGUUCGUCAGAUGCUUCUUGGUUUGCAACACCUAAAAAGGUGCUCAGUACUGCACAGAGAUCUGAAACCAGAGAACCUUAUGAUGGUUUCCAAAGCCUAUCAUGGUUUAAAAAUAAUCGAUUUUGGCUUCGCAUGUUACUACGAGGAGAGAAAUCCACCCCGAUUAAUGGCAGGGACCACUGCAUACUCGGCGCCAGAGACCCUAGGAUAUGAAAAUCAACACUUUGCUACGGAUCUAUGGAGUGUAGCUGUCAUCGCAUUUGAAAUAUUGUCUGGAAUUACACCAUUUGAGGUGCCCCAAGAUGGACCUAAUAAAGAUCGUGAAUUAACGGAGCCAGAAGUUUCUGCCAACAUUACCCGUGUGAGGUAUACGUUCGAUGACGAUGGUAUAGUUGAUGCUUCGAAGGAAGCAAAAGACUUUAUCAGCUCAAUAUUAGUGAAGAAUAUCAAGUAA